AUGGCUGAUGUAACUAAACGUAUUACGGAGCUUGAAGUUCCCUACCAAGGUUUUGUGACCGUUGAGAAGGAUGUCGAAACAAUUCAUGGUAACACCGCAAUACUGACCCGUCAAAUCUGCGACAUGGAGGCGCGGGUUGACGACGCUGAAAAUCGUUCCAGAAGAAAUAACCUCAUCUUUUACGGCCUUCCUGAUCCGAACCCGUCCGAAAAGUUUUCAAACUCCGAAGAAAUACUCAUUAACCACUGUCGCGGCCACCUGAACUUUACUCUUGACCCUAAACUUAUUGAACGUGCUCACCGCCUUGGUCGGCACCGGCAUGAUCACAAGCGGCCUAUAAUAGUCAAAUUCACUUUUUUAAAAACCAAAGAGGAAAUUCUCUCGAAUGGACGCAAACUAAAUGGUACUAAAUACAGUAUUGGGGAAGAUUUCUCCGAAUCCGUUCGAAAAGCCCGAAAGCAUCUUGUUGAAUUUGCCCGUACGAAAUUUGAGCCCUUCUCCGUGCGGUACAAGACUUUGUUUCUUGGUAAAAAAAGAUACGUUUUCAACGGAAAUUCCCAAACUGUAAACGAAAUAUCCUAG